AACGCGACAACAGACCAUCUUGGAGCAAGCAUUCUUCUCGUGGGCCUCGUGCUCCAGACCUUGUCAUUUGCCCUGUUUAUUUUGCUCGUUAUUUGUGCACACAGGAGUAUCGUCCAAGAAGGCAUCAGACUGAACGACCAGAAGUGGGGGCCAAUCAUGAAACUUCUGCACUUUUCUUCGUUCUUUUUCAUGGUCCGAUGUAUUUAUCGUGUGAUAGAACUGGCACAGGGAAAUGGUGGUUAUCUCCUAACUCAUGAAGUAUACUUCUAUUGCCUCGACUCGCUUCCUCUCCUCAUUGGAAUAUCCAUCUACAUUUUAUUUUGGCCUGCUAGAUAUUUUGGUCCCAUGGAUACCUACAACAUGCAACUCAGGCCAUGAGGAUGAUUUACCAAAAGUCAGUUUUGGACAUGUCAGGACAUUAAAACUCAUGUGAUACGGCUUUUAGUGUAGAAAUUCGCUGUUCAUGGAUUUGGUAUGUAGGAUCAUGAUAUGUAGAAUCGUGACACCAGAGGGAGGUUCAAUGGCACGCACAUGAACGAGGAUCUUGGAAUGCGGCUCUAAGUUCCCAAGUGGCUGGCUCAGAUGAUUGCGUUUCGUUAUAAAGUUUAAAAGAUA